GCACUUAUCAGUAGAAUGUCCCAUUUCACCAUGAAUCAGCUUCACUGUUGGAUCUCCUCAUUUGGGCUCCUGCUCUGCCUCACAGUCUGUACAUGUAGUCCCAUGAAUAUAUGGAGAUUUGAGGGUCAGGACGUCACUAUCCCAUGCAGGUAUAACUCACAUUAUCAUGGGACAUGUGAUGUAUGUUGGAUGAGAGGAAGCAUCCCAAGAAGUGGGUGUGGUAAUCAAAUCAUUUACGCAAGUGGAAAAAACGUGUUGAUGCGAGGCAACAGGAGAUAUCAACUAAAUGGAAACCUGCAGAAGGGAGAUGCCUCUCUGACCAUUCUCAAUGCAAGAAUAAGUGACUCGGGAAAAUACGGCUGCCGGAUCCAUGUGCCUGGCUGGUUCAACGAUAUAAAAGUGGAGGUCUACUUGAUCAUUAUGGAAGCACCAAAACCCUCCACCACUCUGAGGCCUAUAACCACUACGACACGCGUUCCUACACACGGACCUGUUUUAACAACACAAGAUGAUAUAACCACCGUCCCAGAGCACGUGACCACUAGUCAUACAGGACCUGUUUUAACAACACAAGAUGAUAUAAGCACCGUCCCAGAGCACGUGACCACUAGUCAUACAGGACCUGAUUUAACAACACAAGAUGAGACAACCACCGCCCACGAGAAUGUGACCACUAAGCAUACGGGACCCGUUUUAACAACACAAGAUGAGACCACCACUGCCCCUGAACAUGUGACCACUAAGCAUACAGGACCUGUUUUAACAACACAAGAUGAUAUAAGCACCGUCCCAGAGCACGUGACCACUAGUCAUACAGGACCUGAUUUAACAACACAAGAUGAGACAACCACCGCCCACGAGAAUGUGACCACUAAGCAUACGGGACCCGUUUUAACAACACAAGAUGAGACCACCACUGCCCCUGAACAUGUGACCACUAAGCAUACAGGACCUGUUUUAACAACACAACAUGAUAUAAGCACCGUCUCAGAGCAUGUGACCACUAGUCAUACAGGACCUGAUUUAACAACACAAGAUGAGACAACCACCGCCCAUGAGAAUGUGACCACUAAGCAUACAGAAACACAACGGACCACUAGCACUCUGGGAUAUGUAACUACUGUGACACACAUUCCUACACAGGGACCCGUUUUAACAACACAAGAUGAGACCACCACUGCCCCUGAACAUGUGACCACUAAGCAUACAGUUGUGAUCGCGGAAAACGACCUCGAUGUAUCUUCUUCAGAAAAAGAAAUGCUUGUGAAUGAAGACCCAGGUGUGCUUCCUGCAAUCUUGGUGCCAGUUAUACUGAUUUUUGUGGUUUUGGGAAUCUCUGCUGUUUAUUUCAUAUUGAAGCAAAAAAGAAGAUUCAGGUCGACAAUAGAAUUAGCCAAGAACUCUUCUGUCAACUACAACAACUUGGACAGCAGCGUGACCCUGCCGAUAACGGACUUGUUUCAUAAUUAGACCUUGAAAAUGAAUAUGGCCGGUGAUCAUUAUAUUACAUGGAAUUUACAUACAAAACACCGUACAUGAAUUCAAUGUGUUAUAAAACACUGAGUUUUUACUUUUUUACUUCGUUUAAAUUACUCAUCAUUUAAAAAAAAAAAAAAAAAAAAAGAGCAAAAACUGAAAAAUACAAAAUAGCUGGCCACUGGAAAAAGAAAAAGGUGCAUGCAGUAGGACAUAAUAUAGAAAAUGUUUAUCAGUUGCUUAGACCUUUGUUUGUGAAUGAACUAACCUGCUGAAAACGUUGUAUUUUGGAUAGCUAUAACUAUGACUAUGAUAUAAAUGUGAUGCUUCCUUUCCUUCCUUUACAAUUUUAAGAUUGUUAUUUUAAGAUAAAACAUGUGUUGACAUUUUUAAGACCGGAUGUGUUUUGAAAGUGAAAAAACAACAACCAAUAAAGCAGCACUGAAUGUAAAAGUAGCUGAUAACAUAGCUUAACAUAACAUCGACGUCCUAAAAAGAUUUUUCUAAAACUUCUGCAAGAGUUUUAAUGCAUGAAAUAAACAGAUAAUUUUGUCA